AAUUCGCCGCGGAGUGUCAUAAACAUAACCAAAAAAUAGAAGUAAAAAAAACGUUUAAGAAAAGACGCCGCACUUAUCCUAAACAAUUUGUGUUUUCAUUAUAUAAAUAAAAUUACUCCAAUUUCUAUUGUUUUAAUCAGUAAGAUUUGAAGUAUAUACAAUGGAUAUUCGGCCAAAUCACACAAUUUACAUUAAUAAUCUCAAUGAAAAAGUAAAAAAAGAAGAGCUUAAGAAGUCUUUGUACGCCAUAUUCUCCCAAUUUGGUCAGAUUCUUGAUAUUGUGGCUAUGACGACACUGAAAAUGCGUGGACAAGCUUUUGUUAUUUUUAAAGAAAUCUCUAGCGCUACCAAUGCUUUGCGUACAAUGCAAGGUUUCCCGUUUUAUGACAAACCCAUGAGAAUUCAAUAUUCCAAAACGGACAGUGAUCUGGUAGCGAAAAUGAAGGGGACUUUCAAGGAGAGACCGAAAAAAGUAAAACCCCCAAAACCUAUAUCAUCAGAAGAUAAGAAGGCUAAAAAAACAAAGAAUGUUAAUAAUGCAGAUGCUUCUGGAACAAAUGCUUCUAGUACAACUGAACAGCCACCAAAUCAAAUUCUCUUCCUCACGAAUCUGCCUGAAGAGACUAAUGAGAUGAUGCUGUCAAUGUUGUUUAAUCAAUUUCCUGGUUUUAAGGAGGUGCGAUUGGUACCCAAUCGCCAUGACAUUGCCUUUGUGGAGUUUGCCAGUGAACUUCAGAGCAGUGCUGCUAAGGAAGCGCUACAGGGCUUCAAAAUCACUCCUACACAUGCAAUGAAGAUAUCUUUUGCAAAGAAAUAAAUUGUAUACUAAGCUUA